UAUUCUUAGAAUAAUGAUGUCUUUGGGAAGCCAAAAUUGGUGAAGUAUUCCAACUGCAGGAAUGUGCGAGAAGCGUCCUGCUCUCGGGAGACCUGAUGCAUUCUUGUUAAAUGCCCGUCUGAACUGUGGUUAAAUCUUCAGCUCGGUGUCAGGUGCAGCACGUGUUGGGAGCCAGGCUUUCCAUUCCGUGGUUUUACAGCUUUCAGAUGCUUCUUAAAUUCCUCUCAAAGGGAGGAAAUCAACUGUGCCGAGCCCAACUGGAAAAAGCAACGAUUGUGUUUUCUCCUUCUGCUGUCUCACUCCGAAUGCACUUGAAAUUUCUCGCUUGUUUGAGAAGUUGGAUUAUUAUUCGUGCGUUAAAUGCUCCGUUCCACCAGUAUGUACAAUCUCCAUGGUAACAAACUUCUCCCGAUGGAAGCCAGGGCAAUGCAAACAUAUCUCAUGGCUCAGUUCAGAGGCAGGUGUGUGGCCAUGUAAAUUAACACCGGCGUCUUCGGGGCUUCUGGAUGUGACUUUGGUUUCUCCUGCGACUGUAAAUGUCGGCGUGUUGAAUUCUGUGCCACGCAGUGGCUCUGGCUGGGUGGCCUAGAGUGCAACGUGCCCAGUUAUUUCCCUUUGUUCCUGCCAGGUGAGCAGCUGUAUGGAGCUUUUUUGGAGGCCCUAUGUUCCUGUACCAUUGCUCUGCAUUUUGUCUCCCUUGCUACUCCUUUCCGAUAGGAUGUCUUCUUCAAACCAAGCGUCAUCUCCAGCUAGGAUCCAUUUUACCAAUUUGCUAAUCACAGCCUCGAUGUUUUCCUUUACUCCAUAUAUCAGGAUUGAGAGCAAACACGAAGUCACAAUCUUAGGAGGACUCAAUGAAUUUGUUGUGAAGUUUUAUGGACCACAAGGAACACCAUAUGAAGGUGGAGUAUGGAAAGUUAGAGUCGACCUUCCUGAUAAAUACCCUUUCAAAUCCCCGUCUAUAGGAUUCAUGAAUAAAAUUUUCCAUCCUAACAUCGAUGAAGCGUCAGGAACUGUAUGUCUAGAUGUAAUCAAUCAAACCUGGACGGCUCUCUAUGAUCUCACCAAUAUAUUUGAAUCGUUCCUGCCCCAGCUGCUGGCCUAUCCCAACCCUAUAGAUCCUCUAAAUGGUGACGCUGCAGCCAUGUACCUCCACCGACCAGAAGAGUACAAACAGAAAAUUAAAGAAUACAUUCAGAAAUAUGCAACAGAAGAAGCACUAAAAGAGCAGGAAGAAGGCACCGGGGAUAGCUCGUCUGAGAGCUCCAUGUCUGACUUCUCGGAAGACGAAGCUCAAGAUAUGGAGUUGUAGUAGAAGAGGCAACCUGCUUUUCAGAGAGACUCUAAUUUCCUAACCAUGAGAAGCAGACUAUAAUAUUCAUAUUUAAACAAAGCAAUUUUUUUUAUUACUAAACAAGGUUUUUAUGAAUAAUAGCAUUGAUAUAUAUAUAUAUAUCACCCUUUAGAUCUUGAUUUUUUUUUUUUCUUGGUCAUUUCUCAACCCGAGGUGCAUAGCAUAUUCCCACAUUCCAUUUUGGUAGCAAUAUGCAGCCCAAAUGCAUGCAUUCAGAUUCCAUUUGGCCAAGUCAACUUGUGUGCUACUGAACUGUCAGCUCAAACAGCUGCCCUGGUAGGUAGGGAGUUAGCAAAGAUGUUUGCUUUCCGAUCGAUGUUUCCAAAGACACCACCUUGGAUGCUUGCAUGGAACGACGUUUUCUCUAAGGUAAAUCUGAGGGAUGCUCUACUUAACUGCGUAGAUCAGACAGUGGAAUGAAAGGUGCUCCUUCAGGUCAACCUUGCUGAUGGUAUUUGAUGCGGAGUCCCAUUUAAAACGUUCAAUAGAACCAGCACAGAUGCAUGGAGCUAUUCAGAGCCUUGAAGCUUAAGAGUUUUGACUUGGAUUUUAAGUCCGUUUUUAUAUGUGGACUCCUGCCUGCCCUUCUGAACCGUAGGGACUGACAACCACUGGUCCAUCCGCUUUUGGGACUUUUGGGAGCCUUCAUCUGGAUGUUUCUCUUUGAUCUGGAUUACGAGCUGUUCCCUUGCUGGGGAGGAAUUAAACACAAACAAUGCUCUUCGGUUUAGCUGGAGCACAUGUGAAGCCCGACUCUUCCUUUGUCAUAGUUCCGAAACUGCUGCCCUUCAUGGCUCCAAGUUUGCUUUUUUUCCUCUUGCUUGAAGUAUGGUUGAACACCUUGCACACACCUGCAUCUCCUACGAGGGCUCUGAUCAGAUGGACGAGCCGUGCUGAGAGCUUCGGAUCCGCAGAGAUGGGCCCCGUUGGCCGUAGUCCACGAAUCCAUCGGCACCGAUUUUAUUUUCCUUUUCUCCCCUUCUGCACCAGCUUGGUAGCCAUCUGCUUGUGUGUGUACAACAGGAUUAAAAUUUCUUAAAGUUAACAAAGAAUGUGAUCUAGGAAAAGAAAAAAAAAAAUGAGAUGAAUAAUAAUAAUAAUAAUAAAAAAAAAAAGGCUAAAAAAAGCACCAAUUGAGGAAGCAAGUGAAUCUGCUCUUUUUUUUUUUUCUGAUUUUUUUUUUCCAGGAAUGAGAUGUUUGAUUUCUUUGGGUGUCUUUCAGCAAGCUGAGAUUUGCGUUUCUUUGUUUUAAUGCUACGGGACGGAGCAAAUGUCUACCUAGGAUGCUGGUAUACUUGAAUUUGGAUAAUUGUGCGUCGGAGAUCGGAGCGGAGAUGGAUUUUAAACCUGAACGUGACCUGCUGUAUUUUGGGGGGAUUCCUGAGGGGUUUGGGUGAGACAUUUUAAUUUGUGGCGCAGCCUAUGGGACGGUGCAUGGGAACUGAUGCACCCCGUGCCACUCUGAGCAGUGUUCUGGAUGUGGGAUCGGUACAUUUUGGUUUUCCCAGUCAUGUUUUCCUUUAGGACCGCCACCGGUCAGUGGGGUUGGAAGGUUACAAUCCUAUUUCUAAUUCAUAAAGCACAAUCAAUUCAUUUUGUUUUGGAGGAGAAAAGAGAGAGAAAACAACUCAUAAAGUGUCAUUUUGCUUUAGCAUGAUUUUCCUUAAUAAAAAAUAUACGAAGAAUUUCCUUUAUGUUAAUUACGGGCAUGAAGCAAAGGGUUUUUUUCCUUUUUUUUUUCUCCCCCUUUCCCCCCUACCUCCCCUCUUUUUUUUUCUUUUAAAUCAGUAAUGUAGGGCUGUGGCUAGUGACUGUGCUGAAGUUCUCUAUCUAGCAUUUGUGGCUUGUUGGAAGGGUAAUAUUAACUAUUUAACAUGUAAUGGUGUACUUAACUCUUAUCUAGCACGCUGUUUUCUCAUUAUUUGGGGUGGGAGGGGCCACAUUUGCUGGCACUGUUUACCUUGCUUACCUGCUGACCUAGCAGUUUGCUUGUGCUAUAACCUUUACUGUAGGUGCUACUUAGGAGUAGAGUUAAGUGCUGGGUGGUGAUAUCAGUUUAAAAGAAGAAAAAAAAAAAAACACAAUAAAAAUUUGUAUUUUUUCAAUAUUGUAUAAAAACAGUGUUCUAAUUACCUCAUCCCCUUUCUUUUUGCAGGUUAACCCUAUUGCUCCCUCCCUCCCACCUUUGUUUUAAUGCAUCACGCUCGCACGUUCUCCCCUCGUUUUGUGAAAUCAGGGCACUGCAAAGCAGAGGUUCCCUGCAGAUCUGUGCUUGGCAAUGUCCUGACCCCGGUGCAGGGCUCCUGGCACUACUCUUCUUUCCUCCCCCUUUUCUCCUGUGUCAUUUUUCACCUCUUUUUCCAAGUCUUCCUCCUGAAGGAAACCUCCCCCCACCCUACCUAAUAGCUUGUAAAUAAAACCACGUGUGUAGACUGGAAGGAAAAGGUGGAGCCGUAUUGCAGCAUGGUAGCUCUUUUUUUUCAUCUUGAGGGUGGUUGUUUGUUUGUUUGUUUUUCAUUAUUAUCAUUCAGAAAUCAGUAUUGUCAUUGCCUUGUGCUCUCUUGCAGCGAUGGGAGCCUCAGCCAGCCCUACCCAUAUACCCACGUCCCCGCUCUCGGAUGAGCUCCCCGAUCCUAAACCUUGGUGCUGAAUUGGAAACAGGCUUUGCCUUCUGAUACCAUCGAUUCCCCCUUUUGGAUGUUGAGGAUUUUGUUUCUCUGUGGUGCAUGAGCCACCAGCAAGGUCAUUGGAAGCUCCUUGGUGUCCUUGACACUGCGCCAUGGGGUCAGUGGAAUGCGUUCCCCAAGGGCUUUUUUCCUCCAUCCUGUUGGUCAUUGGAAGCUCCUUGGUGUCAUCACCACUGUCCCUUGGGAUCAGCGGGAUGUGUUUCCCGAUGGCUUUGUUCCUCCAUCUCAUAGCUUUGGUCAUUAGAAACUCUUUAAUGCCAUUGACACUGUGCGAUGGGGUCAAUGGGACAUGUUUCCCCCAUGGCUUUGCUCCUCCAUCCCAUAGUUUUGGUCAUUGGAAAUGCCUCUGUCUCAAUGGGAUGUGUUUCCCCAAUGGCUUUGUUCUCUAAUCCCAAAGCUUUGGUCAUUGGAAGCUCCUUGGUAUCAUCAACACUGCCACGGGAUCAGUGGGUUGCAUUCCCCAGUGUCUUUUUUUCCUGCAUUCCACUGCUCAGUGGAAGCUCCUUGAUGUCAUCAACACUGUGCCCUGAGGUCAGUGGGGCAUGUUCCCCAAUGGCGUUGUUCCUCCAUCCCAUAGAUUUGGUUCUUGGAAACUUCUCAAUGUCUAUAGGACACAUUCCCCAAUGACUUUGCUCCUCCAUCCUAUUGGUCAUUGGAAGCUUCUUGGUGUCAUCGACACCGUCCCAUGGGUCAGUGGGACAUGCUUCCCCAAUGGCUUUAUUCUUCCAUCCCACAGUAGAAACUCUUUGAUAUCACUGACACUGCCAUGAGGUCAAUGGGACAUGCACCCUGAUGGCUUUGUUCUUCCAUCCCAUAGUUUUGGUCACUAGAAACUCCUCAGUGUCAAUGGGAUGUGUUCCCCAGUCCCAUAGCUUUGGUCACUGGAAACUCCUUGGUGUCUAUGGGAUGCAUUCCCCAAUGGCUUUGUUCCUCCAUCCCAUUGAUCACUGGAAGCUCCUUGGUGUCAUCAACACCAUCUCUUGGGGUCAGUGGGACAUGUUUCCCCAGUGGCUUUGUUCAUCCUAUAGCUUUGGUCACUGGAAACUCCUCGAUGUCAACAGGAUGUGUUCCCCAAUGGCUUUGUUCGGCCAUCUCAUAGCUUUGCUUUGCAGGCAGCAUGGAGCAGAGCUUUGCUAUCAGCUCAGUACCACUCAACCUCGACUGGGACGAGCACAUGCCCCACAUCCAAGGCUCUUCUUCCCAUCCUAGGAAGGCUCGGAGGUGUUUCACCACUUCUUUUCUUCCUUCUUGCUCGCCCCAAGUUCUACUGGCACUUUCACAGGGGUGUUUGCAGCGUGAGAAAUGGCCAUUAUUUUACUGACUGUAUUUGGUACCUAUCGUGUGAUACUUGAAGAGAUCGGGGCGUUUUGCCCUUCAUAUGAGUCUGAACUCUUUAUUUCCCCCCCCCCGCCCCUUUUUUUUCUUGCGUUGUGAUGUAGUGGGCACAUCCGCCCCCGCUGACGAAAUGCCUCUUCUCUAAGAGUAUAACCUCUCCGGUAGUUGUGUAUAAUGACAGAACUGUAAACUUUUUUUAAAAUAAAAAUAUGUAUAUACCUCAAA